AUGAGUCUAGUGUCAGGCUUUCCUCACCAUCCGGUCAUGCACCACCACGACAGCCACCAGUACUCCCUACAUGCUGCCGGAGCAGCUCGGUGUCACGAGGACACGGGAGCGCCUUCUUACUUCACCAGCUGGCUUUUUAGUCACGCGGAUAUGUCACCUACAGAGUACGGCCUCGCGCCGGCCUACAGCCCCGAUUACCAUGGCAACAGUGGCACCGCGACCGUCGGUGGCCUGGAUGAUCACCAUCACCGCUACGGACACGGUGCAUUAGUCCCCAGAACUGGAGCAAUCUCGGUGAACGGGGCGCAAGUGGGCAUGCAUCACCAGCACACACAUCCGCGGAUAGUCAAGCGGAGACCCACGGCCAACCGCAAAGAGAGGCGGCGGACUCAAAGUAUCAACUCGGCUUUCGCCGAACUGAGGGAGUGUAUCCCCAACGUCCCCGCGGACACUAAGUUGUCCAAGAUCAAGACGCUCCGGCUGGCCACGAGCUACAUUUCCUACCUGAUGGACAUUCUGGACAAGGACGGCCAGCACGGAGAGACUCAGGCCUUCAAGGCCGAACUGAAGAAGACAGAUGCGCGAGAAGAGCGCAGGAAGAGGGACACGGUGGAUAUCCCCAAGACAGCUUUAUCGUCAUCAUGCUCGUCGUCGUCGUCAUCCUCACUGAGCGACAAGAAACCCAAAGGGCGAACAGGAUGGCCUCAGCACGUCUGGGCUCUGGAACUCAAACAGUAG